AAGGGCCCUGGAGCAGGGGCUGGGCCUGUGGGGGUUUAUUUUGGGAGCAGCUCCUGGGAUCCGAUGGCCUUGUUAGGGCAGCGCUGACCUUUCUACGGCAGGAGGAGGAGAGAGGGAAGGGGGAAGGGGCUGCGAAGGAGAGACAGACACACACACAAUGGGACUCUGAGGAGGGAGGGACUCUGCAGGCAGCCGGAGCAGCAGCAGGAGCCGUGGGGCAUAGCAGCCUGGGCGGGUAUGAUCAGGAAAGGGGGACCCCCCCAGAGAAGCCCGGGCCCCCCCCCCGCCCUUUCCUGAAGAGCCUCUUAAAGGGGCCGGACGCUUCCCCAAUGCACUGUCCGGGAAACGCGAAGCCUGCAGAGAUACAAGUCAGAUCUUGCAACUGAAAGUUUUAUCCCUCUCCCGCUAGUCUGCCCCAGUCCCACAGCAUGGUCCAUGCUUGAUUGUCCAGUCCCCUAGGUGGCAGGUGGGUGCUGGGUUGCAGAAAGGUCCCUGUGGCGUUCACAGUGUUUGCAGUGUCCUCACCAGAUCCUUCUCCAAGACAGGAUCCCUUCCCAAAUCCCUCCCUCCCCUCUAUCCUCUGGCUGGGCAGCACAAGGCAAUCAUCCCCUUGGCGCAGCACCUUGCUUUGAGCAUGUUUAAUUUGGAAAUGUGGCAACAUUUUAAACUCCCCAAAUUUUCGCUUAUGAAAAACAGUCCAGCUAAGUAGGAAGGAAAGAGGGAAAGAAAGAGGAAGGAAGAAAGGAGCAAAGUGGAGAUUCCGGCUUGCUGAGUUUCGAUGGCACCAUGAGUGGAGGAAGGUUUGAUUUUGAUGAUGGAGGAGCAUAUUGUGGGGGCUGGGAAGGGGGGAAAGCCCAUGGCCAUGGCAUCUGCACUGGUCCCAAGGGCCAAGGGGAGUACUCGGGUUCGUGGAACUAUGGUUUUGAAGUGGUGGGCAUAUACACGUGGCCCAGUGGCAACACCUAUGAAGGCUACUGGUCGCAAGGCAAGAGGCACGGUUUGGGGAUCGAGACUAAAGGACGGUGGCUUUACAAAGGCGAAUGGACCCAUGGCUUUAAGGGACGCUAUGGGACAAGGCAGAGCAUGAGCAGUGGAGCAAAGUACGAAGGCACCUGGAAUAACGGGCUGCAGGACGGUUAUGGCACUGAGACUUACGCAGAUGGAGGAACGUACCAGGGCCAGUUCACCAAUGGCAUGCGCCACGGAUACGGCGUCCGUCAGAGCGUCCCAUACGGCAUGGCGUCUGUGGUCCGCUCCCCUCUCCGAACCUCUCUGUCUUCCCUCCGUAGCGAGCACAGCAACGGCACCUUGCCACAGCAGGACUCGCCGGCGGGCAGCCCAGAAAGCAUCCUCAUGUCACCCACUAUCACUCGGGGAGGCUUUGCCCUCAGUCUGUAUGCGGAUGCUGGAGCCAGCAAGCCGAAGAAAGGGGGCCUCUUCAGACGGGGCUCUCUGCUGGGGAGACUAAAGAAAUCGGAGUCCAAAACCUCCCUGGCCAGCCAGAAGAGCCGAGUCAGCUUCCUCAAGAGCGAGAGCGGUAUCAGCUCUGCUGCCAGUGAUGCCACCUCCACCAUCAGCUUGGGCGAAGGGGCGGAAGGGGAGGAGUUCCCGCCCUUCGAGUCUGACAUCGAUGCCACCACCACGGAGUCCUACAUGGGCGAGUGGAAGAAUGACAAGCGCUCAGGCUUUGGGGUGAGCGAGAGGUCGAGCGGCCUGAAGUACGAGGGCGAGUGGCUGGACAACGUGCGGCACGGCUACGGCUGCACCACCCUGCCAGAUGGCAAGAAGGAGGAAGGCAAAUACCGGCAGAAUGUCCUGAUCAAAGGUAUGAAGAAGCGGGUGAUACCACUGAAGAGCUCCAAGAUCAGGCAGAAGGUGGACAGGAGCAUGGAAGGGGCUCAGAGGGCCGCAGCUAUCGCCCGGCAGAAGGCUGAGAUUGCAGUAUCCAGGACCUCCCAUGCCAAAGCCAAGGCAGAUGGAGCUGAGCAAGCAGCUCAGGCAGCUAACAGUGAAUCGAGCGUAGCCAGGACUAUGGCCAGGGAACUGUCUCCAGACUUCUAUCAGCCAGGCCCUGAGUACCAGAAGAGGAAGCUGCUCCAGGAGAUCAUUGAGAAUGUCGAGAAUGUGGCGAACAUGGAAGCAGUACUGCCACCAACCAAAUCACCACCACCGUCAACCCCUCCAGAAAACCCUCAGCUCCAGGAGAAAGACUCUGACCACCGCAAGGAAAAUCCAGCCCGAAUGCCAUCUCCGAGUCCUGCUGGAACACCGCCGGAGGCAAAGCGGGCAAAGCAGAGUUCACAGAGGGAUGGCUUCCUCAGCCCCGGCAACUGGAAUGGGGAUCACAGCAGAGACGGGAGCCUCACAGGAAGUAGGUCCAGCACACCAUCCAAUGCACUGUUGGCACAUGGGGAGAAGGCAGCAGCCAGUAGCAGACCUGCCUCACAGAACUCCAUUCGGCUCAGCAAUACCAGGACUUCAGCAGACCAGAUGGAGAUCAAGCCCCUUCAGAGGAUAGUGCAAGAACCUGAUGUUGAAUUAUACCAAGGCUAUCACAGCUAUGCAGUGAGGACCUCCCCAGUCACUCCCCCCUUGGACUUUGAGGAAGAACCAUUCCCUGUCCCCAAAUCACCUACCAAGUCGGUCUCCCCAGAGCCAAGAACUGACGUGAGGGCUAUUGAACACAAAGCAGAACUUCAGAGGAGGGGAGGUACACCCAUCAUUCAGCAGGAACCACCACCUGAAGAGAAACCAGUGCCCAAAGUAGAAUCUAAACCAGAGCAGUCCGCGCCAGAGCCCAAACAUAAACAAGAGCUGAAGCAAAACCAUGUAGCCGAGUACAAGGCUGCCGUGAAAACAGAAGCUGCAACUGAAGCCAAGCCUGAGCAAAAGACUGAGACCAAGGCUCUGGCUAAACCUGAACCUACAGUGGUAGCUAAGAAGGAGCCUUCCCCUGAAGCAGUGACACAGGAAGUGGAUGAAUUUGAAGAGGGACCUAACACAAUCAUGAUCUGCAUGGUCAUCUUAUUGAAUAUUGGUCUGGCCAUCUUAUUUGUACAUUUUCUGACAUGAUGUGCCCCUCAGUCAAGGUGUUACCAUUGAUGUAGACCAUGGACCUUGGCAAGGAUUAAACUCUUGGACAUAUGGAAACAUCAAAGAGGAGGACUUUAGAACCUAAAGUUGCACCACAAACAUGAACCUUAAAAUAAAGCUUUCAGAUUAUCUGGUUAGCAUCACUGCUCCCAGUUGGUGGGUGACUCUCCAGUCCAACAAAAAGAAGCCUGGAUUUUUGCAACCCUUCCUCGUUCUUUCCUUUGUAGGAACUAGCCAUUGCCUUAAAGUGUUCUCACCAAAGUCACUGAUCGUGCCACGGAAGAAGGAUUUAUCUGUAGUUGUAGAAGCAUGUACAUUUAAGUGCCCUGAGUUCUUUGACUCCCUUGAGGGACCCCGCGUCAGAGAUUUUCCCAGAGAAUGUCAGUAAACGCAAGGAGAUAAUACAAUGCACACGUUAGCCAGGAACAGUCAUAACAGCCAGGCCAGAGCUGGGGAUGUUCAACCACUCCACUAAAUCCAAGAGUAUUAUCAAUCCACUGUUAGCAAAAGCCUUAGGCUGCUUCCCCUGCUGCUACAGAAAUGGAGUUAAAGUAUUUACUAACAAGGCAUAGCCUUGAGGGAACCCAUAGUUGGAAGGCAGUGAAUCUAAUAUCAUCCAAGGUGAAGAAACCAAAAGCAUUUCCUCUCCUGGCUUCCGUAAUAAUUUCCUGCUGAGGGGCAACUGAAAUUGGGCUGAGUGUAAAGCCAGCUAGCAUCCUCAGACCAGAUAGCUGGAUCACACACGCUGCUGCUGAAGAACCAGUAGGCAGGUUGCAUUGCGUUGUACAUGCUUGACAGAUGGGCUAAUCAGUGGGCACUUGAGUGGGCAAAUACUAGCAGAUGGAGACCAUGUCCGCUUAAGGACUAUGCAGCACACACUGGGUCUUGUUGCUGAGAGAUGUCCACAACACCAGCAGUUAGAUAGGAUCAUUUUGCAGCAAAUUACUCCACAGCUGUAAUUUAUGAAGAAAUAUUUGGCCUGAAUUCCUUUGUUUCAAACAAACAAACAAAC